GAGUUGGUGAGAGAUGGAGGGGAGGAGAAAGAGAGACAGUGAAGAAGGUAGCAGGGGAAGGUGAGGUAGACAGAUAGAGAGAACCCUGAGAGACACACACAUAAACACACAGAGGCACAGGUACAGAUUAGUGGUGUGAGAUGUGCAGAUGUGUGUAUUUGCUGAUGCUGGUAUUCAGCAUCUUUAGAAGAGAUGUGAGCUCUUCAUCUGCUGUGAUUGUUAGACCAGGAGAAAACAUCACACUGCACUGCAACAUCUCCCCUAGCAUUGAGAUGGGCUGGUACCGGCUAAUCAACGACGAGCUCACGAUGAUAAUAUCAGCCACGAAAGGAAAUCUUGAUAAAGAGCUGGCAGAGAAUUACAACAAAGAUCGUGAACACUUCCAGCCACUUAUUCUAAAUAAUUCAGGACAUGGCCUCGGUGUCUCUCUGAGUCUGAUCAUCAAGGACAUCAGACAGUCUGAUAUCGGCCUGUAUUACUGUGGUGCCAAACACAACAAGGGUGUGAACUUUGCGAGAGCUGUCCUUCUGAACUUUACAGAUGUGGUGGAUGACACUUCAGGUAGUACAGAGUGCUGGACGCCUCUCAUAUCUGUCUGCUGUGCACUCACGCUCAUGCUCAUGCUCUGCCUCGGUGUCGUCUACAAACAAGGACGUCCUUCAUCCUCCUGUAUGAAGUGUAUGAAAGACAAUGGCAUGAAGGAGGCAGAUUUGCAGUAUGCAAGUCUCAGACACAAUGGAACAUCUCGGGAGAGACACACUCCAACUCCUAACCACGUCACCUAUGACACUGUCGCCAUAAAGGGCACCAAAAGUCCCAGAGUUUAAGCUAAACAUCUGCUUACUACAUAAUUUUCUCAGUGUGUGUGUGUGUGUGUGUGUGUGUGUGUGUGUGUGUGUGUGUGUGAGCGAGAGAGAGAGACAGAACAAGAACUUAUAACAAACCCACAUAACCAUUUCUUCAUUUUCAAUAUCAGUAUAUUUUAUGAUGUUUGCCACAUUUGCAUAUUUUUAUAGUAGCUUAAAGUAAAGCAUAUAUGUAGCUUUAAAUCCUUUUCUAUAUACUGUACAUGUAGCGUGUUUAAAGAGUCAGUGUUUGAAGCUGUCGUGUAGCGUUGUUGUGGUGUUGAAGCCUCAACAGUGUGGAUAAAUACACCAUGCUCAUGAAUAAUAAAUCAGCUGUAAGUGAAUAAAUAAAGCGCUUUGUGUUUACACAUGUCUGAUUCAUGAUGCAUGAAUUAAAGAGGGAUUUCAGGACUUUCCCUGAUUUUCCAGACUGUUUAUCAGUUCCUUUA